AUGAAGCGCCCCGCUACGCGUGGCGCCGCGCCCGGUGAUGCCAAGAAGCCCCGGACGGAUGCGACUCCGCCAGAGUUCUGGGACUACGAGACAAAUCCGUCAAUGUGGCUCGGUGGCUGUGGGAAACAUGCAACUGACCGCACGAAGCACAAAGCCAAGGAGGUGACAAAGGGCGUAGCUGCUGGUGAGCAAAUGUUUAAGGCUUGUCCUGGAAAUACCCAGUGCAUUGUGCUGUCCAAGGGGGUGUUCGCAAAACCUGGAGAGAAGGUGACGAUCGAGGUGACCUUGACGACACACAUGAAGAAUUGUGACUUCUACGUGGGCCUGUUGGGGCAGAAUGGCCUCGGCACCUAUGACGGCGAGGUCUACGUCGCGCUGGGCGGAGUAGGGCUUACUGGGGUCUGCCAGAAAUUCCAAGAUGCCGAGUGUGGCCGUAAACUCAGCGACAGCUUUCCUGCAAUUCAGAUCGGACAAACAGUUCGGAUGUCUCUUUCCAUCGAUGAGAACGAGGAUGUCUUGCAGUAUUGGAUCAACGACGAGGAGGUGAUGGCUCCAGACCUGGUGGAGGCCGCCAGCGAGCUUCGAAGCAAGGCCACUCGAAGUGGUCCUUGGUGUGGUUGGAGGCUCUUCAUCGGUCUCACCUCGGCGACAUGUACCGUGAAGACUCCGUCCGGAGUGCGGAAUCGGGACGGAGAUCGGGUGGUGUUCCAGGAGCUGCGCCAGCGGCAGCGGUUGACACAGCAACGAAUGGAGGAGAAAUGCAAGGAGCAGAAGGCCAAGACUCAGGAUGAGGCGGAGCUUCGGAUCUUCGAGCUCCGCGAAGGCGAGGCCUCGUUGACGGCCCAGCUGCAGCAGUUGCACACAGCUGCGCAGCCGGAGCAGGACUUAGCGGCUUCGCUGGCGGCCGGGCUCGCGGCCAAGGCCAGCGCUUUGGAGGAGGAUCGACAGAUAGUAGAGGAUCUUCGUCGCGCAAAGGAAGACACCGAGCGGCAAAGCUCUUCGAAGCGUCAUGUCCUCCAGCUGCUAGAGCUGGCUCGAGCGGAGGAGCGUCAUCAGCAGCAAGCACGACAGCAGGUCUUGGAAGAGAACGUUCCACGAGCACGACAGUUGCACAACAGUGCCUCGACAUGGAACAUCCGGGUCUUCUGCCGCUUCCGGCCUUUGCUGCCCAGGGAGUCGGAGGAAGCCAAGGUGGUGUUCCAUGAAGAUGAGCAGAGCAUCACCUUGCAGUCGGAGAUGCUUAGAAGUGUCACAGGGCUCAGUGAGCAUUGCAACUCCUACGAGUUCCAGUUUGAUCAGAUCUUCGGACCACAGGCCACGCAGCUGGAUGUCUUUGAAGAGCUCUCCCUCUUGGUGCAGUCGGCGUUGGAUGGCUACAAGGUGGCAAUCUUUGCCUAUGGCCAGACAGGAGGCGGCAAGACCUACACCAUGGAUGGUCCCCGCGACACCACGACCGUCGCUGCGGUUCCAGACACCGACGCUGGGGUGAUCCCACGCGCGGUGGAUCUGGUAUUCCGUGAGGUGGAGGAGCUUCGCAGCAAAGGAUGGGACUUUGAAGUCAAGUGCACCUUGCUCGAGGUCUACAACGAGUCGGUCUUUGACAUCUUGGGUCCCCGAAACAGUGAGAAGGAGCGAUCUGGCGCGCACGGCACCGACAGCCGGCAGGCCAUCGAUCACUUCACCGAGCGGCCGGUGCGGGAUGCUGCGGCGGUGCACAAGCUCUUGGCCAAGGCCGCCAGGGAGCGCCACACAGCAGCCACCGCGCUGAAUGACCGGUCCAGUCGAUCACAUGCCGUGUUCCAGCUUUCUCUGGAGGGUCAUAGCCAGGCUUCCCUUCCUUCGCGCUCGGGCCUGCUGUCGCUGGUGGACCUGGCGGGCUCUGAGCGGGUCAUGCAGUCCCAGGUCACCGGCGAGCACCUCAAGGAGGCGCAAUACAUCAAUCGCUCUCUCUCGGCCCUAGGUGACGUGAUUGAAGCGCUGAAGCGGAAGAAGCCAGGAGGUGCAUGCACCGUGGCGGUGUCAAUGGGUCGAAUGGUGGCCGCUAUGAUCAAAGACUUUUGGGAACUCUUGGAUCCAUUUGCCACUGCCAUCAACGAUGCUGGACCGGAAAGAGGUGGAGCGAUGCGCGAUGAGAAAGUGCUCUUGUUCAUCGUGUGGGACCUCAUGAAUGCUGCCUUUCACUUGCUGGAGGCUGCCUAUGAUGCCACAAUUCAUGUUCUGCGUACAAAUGAGAUUGGAAGAAGUGCUACAUCCAGAAGCCAUCACUUGACUGCGUCGCACGAUCGCUUAGCGGAUGGCUUGUGGCUCUUCUUGGACAUCUACGAUCGCAUGGCUGCUGCGAUUGGCGUCGGGACUCACGGCUUGGGCGACUCAAACCCUUUGAGGCGUUUUCUCCAAGAUGUGCCUGAUGGCCGCGUGUUGGCAACAGUGGAAGAUUGGAUGCCGGACAUAAAGACGAGCACGGACCAUGCGGUGGCCUGGUGCGAGAUGUUGCUGGGAGCCCUACAGCGGAUCCAUGGCAACGUCUCCUCUGCGCUCCAGCUGUCCUCCGGUGUCUUGAUCGGCUACCGGAGUUUGCCUCAGCUGGAGCAAUCCUUCGACGUCCCUUCUCAUCUCGCAUACUUGGACAUGCAGCCCAAUUGGACCACCUCGUUGCUACGUUUGAUUCACCAAGAUCACUCAGGGCUGCCAAUGCUGAGCAGAAGCUCUUCCUUUUGUGAGGAGCGGAUCCCCUGGACGGACGGAUCUCCGGGCCGACGCGGGGCCCGGGCCUUUUGGUUUGAUGCCACCGGGUUGCCGGCCAUGGUGAGGCCCUUGACAAGUCUCUUGGACGAGAUUCAGCAGACACACCAGCUCAGCUAUACCGUUUGGUCGCUCCAAUCGGCUCAUUUCCCGGUGCCCAGCUGUCGCCCUGACUUCGAAGUGCUCUACGAUCCCACCGCCUGCCUGGAAGGUUGGGCCAAAUAUAUUUACAUCGAAUCAGUGGAUGGAUCUUUGCUGGGCCGAUAUGAGCCUCGUGCCUGGCGAGAGCGCGAGAUAGAAUCAUCCCUCCACAGGAUCCCCACGCAACGCGAGGGUUUGAUCUCCCCACCGGUGCCGGUGGAUGUGACCUACGUCUCACCCUUGGUCGGGAAUUGCCAUCAGUUGAAAGAGAUGCUCACCGCUGAGAGCAUGACCAUCAGCAAGCUGGUCUAUGUGGCCUUCAACCCAACACUGCUACCGCCUGAAGAGGCUUCUCCCAAUUUCACAGCGCUGCUUGAGACCUGGCGGGAAACGUCCUUCGACGUCUCCGACCGAAGCCUGCGGAGUUUUCUGCUGGCGCAGUGUUCCUUAAGAACGAUCUCCCAGUGGCUCCUCCCGCUGCACUAUCGCCUUUUGCACGUGGAGCACUUCUUGGCAGUUUAUGUGCACACGGCCUUUGACGCGUUGUUUCCGGCCACCAAUGAGAUGGAUGCAUGGCGUCAAGGAUGGUUUUGCUCACCGUUGUCCAAAUUUAUUUUUGGGUUGGAAAGCGCCACUGGAGCGCUACUGCCUUCAGCAGAGUUGGCUUCUCGCGCACUCUGCGGCCCAGGUACAUCGCUGGAUUGCGAGUGCCUGGUGCCCUACCAGGGCCUCCUUUGUCAAGAGACCUCCGUGGGCAAACAUCUACGGCCCUACCAGGCUGCAAUCCACUACAUUGUGGACGACACUCCGGAGCAUUUGCAAGAGCUCAUCUUCAGCCUCAAGAGUCUUUUCAAAGCCUUCAACGCUAAGCAUGACUACCCGGUGCUCAUUUUCCAUGAUGGACUGUCCUCGCAAAGCCGCCAACGGCUCCGGGCUGCGAGUCUGCAGCGGAUUUGGUUCUUCUCGGUGGGAGAGCAGUGGCUGCCAAAGGCACAGAUGCACAGCAGCUUUGGAUUGGGAUACAUGGCUCAGUCCCGCUUCCGCUCGCAGCCGCUCUUCGAUCAUCCUGCAGUGCAAGGUUUUGACUACUUGUGGUCCUUGGACAGCGACAGCCAUUUUCCGUCCCAAGUCAAGGUGGAUCCUUUCCUGGAGCUUCACCAGAACUCCCACAUCGUCAUGUCUUGGUCCUACAUGACCUCCACGUCACCCGCCUCGGUCCGAAAGCUUUGGGACUACACCAUGAUCUACGCCAUGAAGGAGCACAUUGAUCUAUGGUCCGAGAAGCUGAACGGCUCGGUCGGAUCGAGGGCAGAGACAUCGCACUUCAUCUCCAAGUUCUUGGUCUCCAAUGGCCUGAAAAGGAUGCCUGCAUGGAAUUACAAUGUGCUGAUGACUGAUUGCGAAGUCUUGCGGCUCUCCUUCUUCCGCAAAGCGCGGUAUCGGCACUACUUUGACUUUUUGGAUUCCAUGGAGGGCUUCUUUCGCCACCGCUGGGGCGACCAUGCCGUGCGCUCGUUGGGUCUGGCUUUGGCGCUCUGGGAGGAAGAUCGAAGCACCUGGCGCAUCGGUGCUGAGCCCAGGGUGAAGCAGAUGGAGCUGCCGUACGCUCAUCAGGACUUUUGUCAAUGCCAUGAUCGGAAGACCGGGCCUUGCCGUCCAAUCCAUGACCCCAAGCAGCAGAUUCUGCACAGCGAGCUGCAGGGCCUUCGCAAGAGGUUUUGGACUUGCGAGGUGAUCUUGGAUGCUGGAACGCACAAUCGAUAUGGACCUCAAAUCCAUGGCGACAAAGUCUACAAAGGUCAUAUCCCCUACCGCAACAGUCGCCUCACCAUGCUGUUGAAAGAUUCCUUGGGAGGAGACUCAAAGGCCUUGAUGUUCGUGAACGUCUCCAUGUGCUGCCAACAUCUUCCCGAAACCCUCUCCUCCCUGCGCUUUGCUGCAAAGGUACACGCAUGUGAAGUGGGCCUGCCUCGCCGGCAAUAG